AUGUCUGUUGUAGGAUUUGAUAUCGGAAACCUUAAUUGCUACAUUGCUAUUGCCCGUCAGGGUGGUAUUGAAGUAAUCACCAAUGAUUACUCUCUCCAUGCUACUCCAGCUUGUGUUUCCUUUGGAGCGAAACAACGUUCCAUGGGAGUCGCUGCUCGUCAAUCUGUGAACAGCAACUUCAAGAACACCGUUCUGAACUACAAGCACUUGAUUGGACGCAAAUUCAGCGAUCCUAUCACCCAAAAGCUCAUCAAGUUGGUGCCAUGUGGAGCCGUUCAGCUCGAGAACGACAACAUAGGAAUCAAGGUUAGAUACCUCGAGAAAGAGGCAGUCUUCACUGUCGAACAGAUCUAUGCUUGUCUUCUUACUAAGCUCAAAGAGAUCGUCGAGAGCCAAGUAACUGAAAUCAAGAAAGUUUCUGAUUGUGUCGUCUCCAUUCCUGGCUUCUUCACUGAUGUGCAGAGAAGAGCUGUUAUUUCUGCUGUUCAAUGUGCAAACUUGAAUCCUCUCCGUAUCAUGAAUGAAAGCACCGCUAUCGCUCUUGCUUAUGGUAUCUACAAACAAGAUCUCCCUGAGGCUGUUGAGGGUGUCCGUCCCCGCCAUGUUGUUUUCUUGGACAUCGGACAUUCCGCUACACAAGCUUGUUUGGUCGCUUUCAACAAAGGAAGAUUACAAGUCUUGGCUUACAACUUUGACCUGGAUGUAGGAGGUCUGUACUUCGAUAUUCUCAUCGCUGAACACUUCUGUGCCGAGUUCAAAACCAAAUAUGGAAUUGACGCUUCCACUAGCCCUCGCGCCUGGUUGAGACUUCUCGAUGAAAGUGAGAAAGUUAAGAAGCAAAUGUCUGCCAACUCUACUCCCAUUCCAAUCAACAUCGAAUGUUUCAUGGAAGACAAAGAUGUUACAGCCAAACUCCAAAGAACCGAUUUCGAAAACUUGGCCACAAAUAAAUUCGAAAAAAUCUCAAACCUCCUUAAGCGUCUCGUAGCUGAAAGCGGUGUCAAUGUUGCUGAUAUCGACGAAAUCGAGAUUGUUGGAGGUUCUUCUAGAAUUCCAAUGGUUCGCACUAUCGUCAAGGAUAUCUUUGAUAAGGAUGCUAAGACCACCAUGAACCAAGAUGAAGCCGUAGCCAGAGGAGCUGCUAUGCAAUGUGCUAUUCUCUCUCCUGCAUUCCGUGUCAGAGAAUUCUCCGUUAAAGAUUGUCAACCUUACAGAAUCCAUCUCACUUGGAAGGGUGGCGCUCCAGAAGGAGGUGAAUCUGAUGUCUUCGUUGAGCGUGAUGAGUUCCCUUACUCCAAGGUCAUCACUUUGUACCGCAGCAGCGAUUUCCAAAUUGAUGCUAAGUAUGCCCUUCCUGAAACUGUACCACAUAGUACUUCAGACAUUGGGGUAUGGAAGUUCCGUGGUAUAACUCCUGCCGCCGAUGGACAAGCCAGAAAGGUUAAAGUGAAAGUUCGCGUUACUCCUAACGGUACCUUCACCAUUUGCUCCGCCUCUUCUACUGAGGUUAUCCCAGUUGAGGAAGAAGCACCUCAAGAGUCAAUGGAGGAAACCCCAGCUGAAGGAGCUGAAGCUAAACCAGCUGAGCCCAAGCAAAAAACUAAGUCCGUUGAGUAUGCCUUGGAUGAGUUGUUCCCCGAUGUCUACAACGGUCUUCAAUAUGCUGGAGUUGAGGAAGAGAUGCAGAGAGCCGAUUUAUUCGAAAAGAAGAAGGCUGACGCCAAAAACAGUGUUGAAGAGUACGUGUACGAAAUGCGUGAUAAGUUGUCCGAUCAACUCUCCGGAUUUGUUACCGGGGGAGAUGCUGAUAUGUUCCGCUCCUAUCUUUCUACCACUGAAGAGUGGCUUUAUGAUGAGGGAGAAGAUACCGAAAUCCAGGUAUACGAGGACAGACUUGCUGAGCUGAAGAAAAUCGGUGACCCAAUCGUUGAACGUUACCGCGAAUCGAUCUCGAGAAAGCCUGCUUUCGAUGCUUUCGAUCAAUCCAUCCUCCGUGUCCGUAAGGCUUAUGAGGAUUAUCGAAGUGGAGCCAACUAUGCUCAUAUUGAGAGCAAAGAUAUGGAGAAAGUGUGCAAUGCUAUUGAUGAGUACAAGAAAUGGAUUGAUGACGCUCGUCAACGUCAAGGAAACAAAUCUCAAACCGAAGCUCCUGUCGUAUUCGUUCACGAAAUUAAGCAACAACAAGAAGCCUUCGACUCUAUUGUUAAACCAAUUCUUAACAAAAAACCACCAAAACCACAACCUGCUCCAACCCCUGCUCCUCCAGCUGGUGGUGGAGCUCCAGGUGCUGCUCCGGGUGCUGCUCCAACAAACCCGGAUCCUUUAAGUUCGGAAAUGGAAGUUGAUUAA